AUGCUCGAGGUGGACGAGGACUAUGUUCCCUCAUCUUCAGCCGAGGGACGUGUUUCCCCCUCGGCUUCAGCGCUCCAGUUCCCGCAGCCGACCAGCUUGGAGGGAUCGGUUAAACUCCCGGAGUUUUGGCAGAGCGAUCCGGCUCCGUGGUUUCAGCAUGUCGAGGCGCUUUUCCACCUGCGUGGAGUUGUGGCAGACGAGUCACGGUACUUUUUGGUCGUUGCGGCUCUGGACCGGCAGUCCACACGCCGCGUCAUGCAACUGCUGCGAGCCCCACCACGACACGGCAAGUACGUCGCGCUGAAGCAGCUUCUCCUUCGGCGCUAUAGUUUGUCUGCCGCGGAGAGAGCGGAUAAACUCUUGUCGCUACCGGGCUUGGGCGACGGUUCCGCGGUGGACCUUAUGGACGAGAUGCUGUCGCUACUCGGGUCGGAGGACGGCGGUUUCCUUUUCCCUCACCUCUUCCUGCGCCAGCUCCCGCUGACGGUGCGCUCCACUCUGGCGAACUCACCGAGCCUGGACGCCGGCGACUUCCGCGCUCUGUUUCUUUCAUCGUCGGUUUGGCGUCAAGGCUCGCCGCUGCAUCCCUCCUUGCUCGUUCAAGGCUCCGGGAAACGACAGAGCCAGCGCUCAGUAGCAGCUGUGGGCGCUGGCGAGCAUGAGGAGCUGCUGUUCGUGAAGGACUCGCUCUCGGGAAGAAGAUUCCUGGUGGACUCGGGUUCGCAGAAAAGUCUCUUACCUCCGGCUGACGCGGACUUGUCGGCGCGAGGGCGCGGGCCGUCCUUGAGUGCGGCAAACGGAUCCUCCAUUGAGACUUUUGGAACUAGGUCGGUGACAGUUAAUUUCAAUGGACACAGUUUUGUUUUCAAUUUUGUGAUCGCAUCCAUCGCGGUUCCCAUCAUCGGCGCGGACUUUCUUUGUGCCAAUAGUUUGUUGGUGGACGUGGCUAACCGUCGUUUGAUUGACGCGGUGACUUUUGCCUCAUUUCCGUGUCAGGCUGGAGGACCCGGCUCGUUGACGCAUGCCAGCUGUGUUGCAACGGGAGACGGCUAUCAGAAGUUGUUGACCGAUUUUCCAUCUCUUACAACGCCUGCUUUUUCGUCCUCUGUUGCCAAACAUGGGGUGGAGCACUUCAUUCCCACGGUGGGGCCUCCGGUUUUCGCGCGCGCUCGGCGUCUAGACACGGCUAAGUUAGCCAUAGCCAAGGAGGAGUUCGCUACGAUGGAACGCUUGGGUAUAGUGCGGCGCUCGAACAGUCCCUGGGCCUCACCCUUACACAUGGUGCCGAAAGCAGACGGCUCUUGGAGACCGUGUGGAGACUUCCGUCGGUUAAAUAAUGUGACUGCGCAUGACCGUUAUCCCAUCCCACACAUCCAAGAUUUCUCGGUGCGUUUAGCGGGCAUGAAGGUGUUCUCAAAAAUAGAUCUGGUGCGGGGUUAUCAUCAGGUUCCUGUACGUACAGAGGACGUCCCUAAAACCGCAGUCAUAACGCCAUUUGGGUUGUUCGAGUUCCUGCGCAUGCCUUUUGGCCUAAAGGGGGCAGCACAAACUUUUCAGCGGUUGAUGGACUCUGUGUUGCGCGACCUGGAAUUUGUGUUUGUGUACUUGGACGACAUUUUGGUGGCCAGUCCUUCAGUUGAGGAGCACCAGCUACACCUUAGGCAGGUUUUCCAGCGUCUCCAUGAUCACGGUCUGAUCGUGAACACAGCCAAGUGCCAGUUUGGCCUCCCAGGUAUUGACUUCUUAGGCCAUCGCAUUUCGUCGCAGGGUGCUGUGCCUUUACCGGCUAAAGUGCAAGCCGUGUCAGCUUUCCCUAGGCCGGUCUCUGUCAAGUCCCUACAGGAGUUUUUGGGCAUGGUUAAUUUUUAUAACCGUUUCCUGCCCCGCGCAGCUCACCUUAUGCAGCCGUUGUAUGAGGCUUUGAGGCUGAAAAAGGCCAACGAUCAGGUCGAAUGGACCUCCGAGAGGCAGCAGGCUUUCGACGGCGCGAAAGCUGCUCUGGCUAACGCAACACUUUUGGCUCAUCCUGCGUCACAGGUACCCAUUGCUCUCACAACUGAUGCUUCCGACAUUGCUGUGGGCGCUGUGGUAGAACAGCGCGUGGCUGGUGUGUGGCAGCCACUGGCAUUUUUCAGUCGCAGGUUACGGGACAAUGAGCGGAAAUACAGUACGUUUGACAGAGAGCUUUUAGCACUUUACCUGGCUACGCGUCAUUUCCGUUUCCUGCUGGAGGGCCGUGAGUUCACCGCAUAUGUGGACCACAAGCCGCUGACUUUCGCCAUGGGCAAGGUGACAGAGCCUUGGUCUGCUCGUCAACAGCGCCACCUGGCUGCUGUUUCCGAGUUUACCACCGAUAUACAGCACGUCGCCGGUAAAGCAAAUCCAGUUGCGGAUUGCCUGUCUCGGGUGUUGGUGUGCCCUGUGUAUCUUGGGGUCGACUUUUUUAAGAUGGCUGCUGACCAGACUGGGGACCCAGAUGUUCUCUGUCUCAAGUCAAGCGGUUCUGGUCUCAAGCUGGAGGAGGCAGUGGUGCAGGAGGGCAGUCCAGCUCUUCUGUGCGACGUCUCCACGGGUCGCCCCAGGCCGGUGGUGCCAAUAGGUUGGCGACGUCGUGUGUUUGAGUUGGUGCAUUCUCUCUCUCACCCGGGAGUCCGGGCAUCAGUUAAGCUGGUGGGGCAGAAAUUUGUGUGGCCUGGUUUACGGAAGGACGUGAAAAGUUGGGCAGCCGCGUGUGUAGCUUGUCAACGGGCAAAAGUACAGCAGCACACAAAGGCCCCUCUGGAGCCGUUUGAGAUUCCAACCAAGCGGUUUGAUCACGUCCACGUAGACUUGGUGGGGCCACUACCACCUUCUCAAGGUUUCACCCAUUUGCUCACAGUGGUGGAUCGCACCACUCGGUGGCCGGAGGCUGUUCCUCUUUCAUCUACUUCUACUGCAGAGGUGGCGCGUGCGUUCCUUUUCGCUUGGGUCGCACGUUUUGGGACUCCGUCUGACAUCACUUCAGACAGAGGUUCCCAGUUUAUUUCCGAGCUCUGGUCAGGACUAGCGAAGUCCCUGGGGACGCAACUCCAUCGCACAACUGCCUAUCACCCGCAAUCGAACGGCAUGUGUGAGCGUUUUCACCGGUCUCUGAAGGCCUCGUUGCGUGCUGCUCUCUGUGACGCAAACUGGGUUGAUCGUUUGCCGUGGGUGAUGCUGGGGUUGCGUUCGGCUCCUAAGGAGGAUCUAGAUGCCUCUCCGGCGGAGUUGGUGUUCGGUCAACCACUUCGUCUGCCAGGGGAGUUUUUGCCUGAGGGGCCGGCAGGGUUUCGUUGUCCCAUGCUAACUGAGUCUUUUGUAGCCCCCGUGCCGGUGCACCAUUGUUUUCCGCAGUCGUUCGUGCCGACAAAGCUGGCGACGGCUCGUUUUGUUUUCGUCCGUCAUGAUGCUCACAGGUCUCCACUUAAACCCCUGUAUGAUGGCCCUUUUCGGGUACUAGAGAGGGGUGACAAAUGUUUUGUGCUUGAUAUGGGAGGCCGUCGUGAGCAUAUAUCACUGGACAGACUCAAGCCUGCUCAUUUUGUGACAGGGGAAGAUGUGGUGCCAGGCCAGGUUCCGCGUCGUGGGCGUCCCCCGGCUGAGACCUCAAGGACAACAGUUUCUGGUGCAGAGCCGGCAGCCGAAGACGUUUCUCCAACAGUUGCGCUCCAGGAGAAACGGAGUAUUUUCGGCAGAUUGUUAAAACCCAACAGUCGUUAUGCCGACUUCAAGUAAAAGUUCAAGUUUUUGGUUUGCUG